CCAUCAAUAGACACUUAGGUUGUUUCCAUGUCUUGGCUAUUGUAAAAAAUGCUGCAGGGAGUAUGGGAGUGCAGAUAUGUCUUUGAUACUGUUUUCGUUUCCUUUGGAUAUCUCUAUUGGUAUUUUCUUGAUUAGAAACAGUCAUAAUUCUGCCAGCAGAAUCAAAAUGACACAUAACUAGACACAGCGUUUCUCAAUUCAUUAAUAUCACUUACAUAGUGAUUUAAUUUCAGUCACCAUGAAUAAAUACACAAAAUCAUGAUAAGAGUUUACAUAGAUACAUUCAGUUUUCUGUAUCUCGUCCACUUCACAAAGCCACAAUACCAUGGACAUUGCAUGAUAACAUUGCUAAUUCCACUAAGCCUAUCUCAUAAUUCCAUGCAAUACCAAAUCAGUCUUAAAAACCACUUACUCCAUUGUCCCAUUGAGCCUCAAACACAUGACUAACAACUAAUACUGCAAGGUUUAUCAACUUCUUAGAAAGUUAAAUAUAAGCUGACCUAUUACCCAACAUUUUUUUCUUCUAGGUAUUUCCCCAGGAGAAAUGGAAACAUGCCAGCUUUAUUUAUAAUAUAUAAAAUCUGGAAAUACAACAGAUGUUCACCAAGAGAAAAAGAAAUAAAUUGGGUCAUAUUCACACAAUUGAAUGCUGUCCAUAAAUAAAAAAGAAUGAACUACACAUUAAUAAACCUUAUGAAACUCGGAUGUGCAAAAGGAGGUAUGUGUAAUUGCAGUACAGACAAAACUAAAUUACAGCGAGUAUCUCAGAAUUAUGGUUGUCUCUGUCGUGAGACUGACUGGAAAAGGAUACCAGACAGGCGUACACAGAAUGAGAAUCUGCUGCGUGCCAGAUGCCGUUAUGGGUGCUGGGGCUUUUUCAAGGGGCAAAACUGAAAACUCCUCACCUUCUGGUUCACGACCACCGAUCUGGGAUCCCGCACAUACAGGCCUGAGUGAAGAGAAGACUCGACGGGCACCGGCUCCCAGGUCUCGCUGCGGCCAUUUCCGCCCAAACUACGGUUUCCUCUUCAGCCCUUCUUGGCUCGACCUCCCUCAGCAGGGAAUUCCCGAUUCCCUCCCAGGUUUCCUCGACCAGGUUCCUGAUUCCCUCUUUUCUCCUCAACGCUCCUGGGUCUGGGAUUCCGGUUCUCCCCCGGUCCUCCCGGACACAAGCUGCUUCCGUCUUCCCGCCCCGCCCCCAGCAGGCUUCCGCUUCCUUGUUUCCCUUUCUCCCGCCCAGGUUUGCGAUCACUUCCUCGGCUUGGGCUCUAGGUCCGCCCGAGACUCCUCGCUUCCAAGAAACCAUCACCCGGCCCUUCGGCUGCUGACGAAGCGCCAGCUGCAAGCCCCCGCCGCCGAGGAGGAGCGAUCCGCGCACCCUGGGACUCCCAGGAGUCUCCGUCCGUUGCCCCACGGGCUGCCCUCGAAGACCUGGACAUUUUCAGUGUUAGGUUACGUUUCCCACAGCUCCCAGGGCCACGAAUGAACUUUGACUUUGGGUUCCCCUUCCGGCAUCGUGGUUAUUGGGUUAUGCUUGUUCUGCAAGAGAAGCCCCCUGAAGUGGAGGAGAGUGUUGCUACUUAAAAGCCCAUUCAAGGAUCCACUCUGCAUGUUCUGAUACCUACCGGAUACCUACCUUGACCAUUUAAAGGAAAAUGUAAAUGUUUACCAGAAAAUCCUUCAGUUUUGUCAACCCUGGGAAGGGUCCUUUGAAGAUAGAGAUGGGGCGUCUGUAAGGCUGUUAACUUGGCAGACUUUUGUUUACAGUUAUUAUUCUUCAGAGUGGAUAAACAUUUCAGAGGAUUGGGAGAAUGAGUACUCAAAGGAGGAUAGAGGGGAGCAGUAGGAGUUAUGUCAGUCUUACAGUCUUUUGUUGUAGGUACCUCUUACAUACUUAAUUUUCCUGCAGCCUUUUGCAGGGAAUCUUUUAAUAACACUGUUUUGGUAUUUUUAAACCUUUUGGAGGCUUCUCCUUGCCAAUUCUGUUUAAUUUGGGAAGCCUUGCAUUCAGGUGCACUUAAAUGAUCUUACACAAUUGCAUUGUUCCCAUCAUGGCCAUUGUAUUUCCCAUAAGGGUUGGCAGCAGUUCAACAGGACCCUAGCCACAAAUGGAAUUGACCCACGUGUCUGCCCAGCCAUAGGUGCAAAUGAACGUGUUUGUCCAGCCUUAUUCUUGGGUUCCCAACCUGAUGGUUACCAAGCCAAGUUCUUUAGGACACAAAACUGGCAGAUUGUGAAUCCGAGAAACCACCAUUGAGCCGACACCAAUGUAAGCACACGAGGGUGCUCAAGCUUAGCAAGCUCGAGCUUGGUCCAAGUAUACCCAUCACAGCGGAGCAGGAACUUGGACCCAGAGUUUUGACGGGGGAGCAUGUCAUCAGAGUUCCUCAGGCUGUCAUGGCAGAAAUGGAAUUCCCUGGCCGAUUCUUUACAGUUCUAAGCAUGGACCAUGAAUUGGUGACAUUCAGGGAUGUGGUCAUCAGCUUCUCUCAAGAGGAAUGGGAGUAUCUGGAUUCAGCUCAGAGGGACUUAUAUUGGGAUGUGAUGAUGGAGAACUAUAGCAACUUGGUCUCACUGGAUUUGGAGUCCAAAUAUGACACCAAGUGUUUAUCUACUGGAAAGGACGUUGAAAACAAUGGCUCUCAAGGGAAAGUAACAGAAAAUAAAUUCAUUGGUCUUGAGAGCUGCAUUUUCAGAAAUGACUGGCAAAGCAAAAGCCAGACUGAAAUACAAAGACCUGAAGUGGGAUAUUUCAGCCAAAUGAAAAUCAUCUCUGAAAAAAUGUCCAAUUAUAAACAUAAGUCUCUUAUAUCACAUCAGAGAAUUCAUGAUAGCAAGAAGCUCUAUGAAUGUAAGGACUAUGGGAAGGUUGUUAGCUGUGACUUAAAUUUUGAUGAAUAUGAAAGAAUACAUACUGGUGAGAAAACAUAUCAAUAUAAUGCAUAUUGGAAGACCUUUGAAGAUGAACCACAUGCCCUGCAACUGAGUAUACACAGUGAUGUGAAACCUUGUAAAUAUAUAGAAUAUGAGAAUGCAUUUAGUUUUUAUGAAGACCUUACUAUACACCGUAAAAUGCAUGAUGAUCAAAGGUGCUAUAAAUGUAAGGAAUAUGAAAAGACCAUUAGAAGAGUUGAAGAAAUAACUCCACUUCAAAUAAUUAAUGAUGGUGAGAAACCCUAUGAAUGCACUUUCUGUGGAAAAUUCUUUAGAGUGCAUGCACAACUUACUCGACACCAGAAAAUCCAUACUGAUGAGAAACCUUACAAAUGUAUGGAAUGUGGCAAGAACUUUAGGUUCCAUUCACAGCUAACUGAACAUCAGAGAAUUCAUACUGGUGAGAAACCAUACAAAUGUAUACAAUGUGAGAAAGUCUUUAGAAUUAGUUCACAGCUUAUUGAACAUCAGAGAAUUCAUACAGGUGAGAAACCUUAUGCAUGUAAAGAAUGCGGGAAGACCUUUGGAGUCUGUAGAGAACUUGCUCGACAUCAGAGAAUUCAUACCGGAAAGAAACCUUAUGAAUGCAAGGCAUGUGGAAAGGUCUUUAGAAACAGUUCAUCCCUAACUAGACAUCAGAGAAUUCAUACUGGUGAGAAACCCUAUAAGUGCAAGGAAUGUGGGAAAGCUUUUGGAGUAGGUAGUGAACUUACUCGACAUCAGAGAAUUCACAGUGGUCAGAAACCUUACGAAUGUAAAGAAUGUGGAAAAUUCUUUAGACUUACAUCAGCACUUAUUCAACAUCAGAGGAUUCACAGUGGUGAAAAACCUUAUGAAUGUAAGGUAUGUGGGAAGGCUUUUAGACAUAGUUCAGCCCUUACUGAACAUCAGAGAAUUCAUACUGGAGAGAAACCUUAUGAGUGCAAGGCAUGUGGGAAGGCCUUUAGACAUAGUUCAUCCUUUACAAAACAUCAGAGAAUUCAUACUGGUAAGAAACCCUAUGAAUGUAAGGAAUGUGGGAAUGCCUUUAGUCAAAACCUCAUAGAACAUAAGAAAAUGCAUACUGGAGAAAAGUCACAUGAAUGUACUGAAUGUGGUAAAGUUUUCUCUCGAGUCUCAUCCCUUACUCUACAUUUGAGAAGUCAUAUGGGAAAGAAACCAUAUAAAUGUAAUAAAUGUGGAAAAGCCUUCAGCCAGAAAAGAAACUUCCUUUCUCAUCAGAAACAUCAUACUGGAGAGAAACUUUAUGAAUGUGGGAAAGCUUCUAUUCAGAUGCCAGGCCUCAUUAAACACCAGAGAAAUCAUACUGGAAACAAACCCUAUACAUGUAAGGAAUGUGGAAAAGCCUUCAAUGGCAAAUCAUAUCUCACUGAGCAUGAGAAAAUCCAUACAGGAGAGAAACCAUUUGAAUGUAAUCAAUGUGGAAGGGCCUUCAGCCAGAAGCAAUACCUCAUUAAACAUCAGAAUAUCCACAGUGGAAAGAAACCCUUUAAAUGUAAUGAAUGUGGAAAAGCCUUUAGCCAGAAGGAAAACCUUAUUAUCCAUCAAAGAAUACAUACCGGAGAGAAACCUUAUGAAUGCAAAGGGUGUGGGAAAGCUUUCAUUCAGAAGUCAAGCCUCAUUAGACACCAGAGAAGUCAUACGGGAGAGAAGCCCUAUAUAUGUAAAGAAUGUGGGAAAGCCUUCAGUGGCAAAUCAAAUCUCACUGAGCAUGAGAAAAUUCAUAUUGGAGAGAAACCCUAUAAAUGUAAUGAAUGUGGAACAAUCUUUAGGCAGAAGCAAUACCUCAUUAAACAUCACAAUAUUCAUACAGGAGAGAAACCCUAUGAAUGUAAUAAAUGUGGAAAAGCCUUCUCUAGAAUCACAUCACUCAUUGUGCAUGUGAGAAUUCAUACGGGUGAUAAACCUUAUGAAUGUAAAAUAUGUGGGAAAGCCUUCUGUCAAAGCUCAUCUCUUACUGUUCAUAUGAGAAGCCAUACAGGUGAGAAGCCCUACGGUUGUAAUGAAUGUGGGAAAGCCUUCUCUCAGUUCUCAACUCUUGCUCUACAUAUGAGAAUCCACACUGGAGAAAAACCUUAUCAGUGUAGUGAAUGUGGCAAAGCUUUUAGCCAGAAGUCACAUCAUAUUAGACACCAGAGAAUUCAUACUCACUAAAACUCUGUGAAUGCCUUGAAUUUAGCAAAACUUUCAUCAGAACACACAUUUAAUGUUACACUGAAGAUUUGUUUUACAAUAAAGUGACAUGAAUGUGGGAAAUACUUCACCAACAACUCAAAACUUAAAUACUAAUAAUUUUAAUAAGUAUCUUAAUAUCAUGAAAACUUAGGUACUCCCAGAACUGCCACAACAAACAUUGUUAAUGAUGUACUGUUAGGAGCAAUCUAAUUGAAGUAAGGAUCCAGUCAUGAACACCAAGUAACAUGGUUCUGGAAGGUCUACCUGAUGCAUUAAGAGGUAUAAAGAUUUGACAUUAAGUGAACUGUCAUUUUAAAAAUGUUUUGCUACAUAUGUAAUGAAAAUUACUUGUUCUUGGUGCAUUUGUAGAAAUCAGAAAUUGGAACAGAAUAUUAUCUUCAGAAACAUGCAUGCCUUUAUGGGGAAUUGUUAACUGAUAGAGGUGGUAUCACCAGUUUGUAGGGAAAUCAUGGAUGAUUCAAAAAAUGGUCUCAGGGUAACUGAUUCUUCAUGUGGAAAAAUAUUAGAUCUCUGCUGUAGUAAUACAUUAUUUAUUAUAAAACCCAAAAGUACUGAAGAUUAGAAUGCAAAAAGCAAAACUUAGUAAUAUAAGAAUUUUAUAGGAGAAUGUUUUUAAAACCUUGGAGUAGGAGGGAAUUUCUAAAAUAGAUUCCAGAAUACUCACUCUUGAGUAUACAUGCAUAUCCCCACAAAACCGAUACAUGUACCUAGGGAGUCAUGUACUUCUGUGUUCAUUGAAGCACGAAUUAUAUUAGCAAAAAAUUGGAAACAAAUAUCUGUUGCUUGUGAAAUGGAUAAAUAAAAUGUGAUAAGAGCACACAGUAGAAUAUUCUGAGUAAAGUAUAACAGGUUUUUUAUAUACACACACACACACACACACACACAGAAAGACCUGAAAAAUCAUGUAGAGUGAAAAUGAAGGGAUAAAUAUAAUCAUAACUGAAUUUGAAUGAAAUCAACACUAACAAACACUAGUAUUAAGCAUUGAUUAUGAAUAAAUAUUUUUAUGUAAAGCUAAAGAAUGAAUUGGAAGGAUACACACUCAAUUUCCAAAAGUGGUUGCCUCUAGAAAGAAAGGUAGUGGAAAAGAAAUAGCUAAAAGAUACUUCAGUUUUGUAUCUAUAUAACUAUGAUUAAAAAGAAAUAAAAGACUCCAGAUAACUAUAACAAAAUGAUAGUUAUGUCUGAGUUGUAGUAAUGUGUUUUAUUGUUUGUAUAUUUCUGAAAAUUAAAAAAGAUAAAGAUAGGACUAGGAAAGGUGUACAUGGAGUACGUGUAAUAUAGACUCACAGUCCAGAUAGAUGCUAAUAUUUUAUAGGAAAUAUUUCUAAAAUCAUACCUUUACUAUAAGUCAUUUUUGAAAAUUGGGAUGGUAGCUUAAAUUAUUUAAAUUUACUCUUGCAUGUAACGUCACUAAUCUGUGUGAUCUCUUAGAAGUUAUAGCAUGAUUGUGCAACAGGUUGGUUGGAUUACAUUCAUUUAAAGAUCAUUUAAUAAUAUAUGCACAGACUUGAUAUUAAAAAUUGGUUUCUACUGAAAUAUUUAUUAGAAAUCUUAAAAGUCCACAUACUAGUGUUGGCAUUAAGAAUUUGAUAUUUUUAAAAUAAGGAAACUAAGUUACUCUCAAACUUUUAAACAUGCCACUAAGUAAAAUGUCAAUUCUCGUGUAUCUCACCUUCAAUUUUAACCUCAGACUUUUUUUCCUUAUCUGCCAGAUACACUCAAUCAGUACCCCCUGUUUGUUUCUUUGGGGAAAGUAGUGCUAAAAAAGAUCUGAGACCUAAACAAUAUUGUUUUAUUUGAAGCAAAUCUUUCUGAGGAUUUUUGUUUACUCAAUCUCUUUCCACAACAACUUAACAUAGAAAAAGUUGUUAGUGCUCUUUUUGAAUAGUGAUAAAAAUGCAUACACAACAUUUAAACCUUAGGCAUAUUUCACAUAUAUCAAUUUCUUUUAAAUUCAAAAUAAUUAAAUGCUAAUAGAACUGUAUCACUAUACUACUUGUUGGAGGUUUUGAACAUUGGUCUUGAGAGAAGAUUAUAAAUGCCAGGGAUUGGUUUUCUGGGGUAAUGUACCCAAAUAACCUGUAUAUCUACAUGAAUCUAAAUUAUCCUUCAUUUUCUUCCAUUCCUCAUUAAGCAUUCCCCUCGUGUUCCUUAAGUGUUUCACCCUUGAGCUUGUGCAGUUUUGAAGUCACCAGAGCAACUGAAAACUCUUCAUUUUUUUUUUAUUAAAAGAUUUUAUUUAUUCAUGAGAGAGGCAGAGACACAGGCAGAGGGAGAAGCAGGCUCCAUGCAGGGAGCCUGAUGUGGGAUUUGAUCCUGGGACUCCAGGAUCACGCCCUGGGCCGAAGGCAGGCGCUAAACUGCUGAGCCACCCAGGGAUCCCAAAAACUCUUAAUUCAAACCAAACUAGGAGGGAUUACCUUUUGGUGCCAGUAGUUGGCUAGUGCCAAGGUACAACAAUGAUUAGGAUAGUCACAUAGAGUAAGAUGAGUAAUAUCUGUGAUACUGCACACUUCAAAUUUACUCUGACAUUCCCCCUUACUGAUUCAACUUGUUGCUAGUUAUUUGCCACCACAAAGAACACUACAAUUAAAAUUGGACCUUAAGUAUCAGAUAUGUUUAUUUCUAGGGGAUAGAUUACAGGCAAGAGAUUGUUAGAUCAAAGGACAUAUGCUAUUUUUUUAAAUUUUAAUAGAUGCUAUCAGUCAUUUUCAAAAACAACUCUCCUCUAACACUGCAACAGAUAUAUUACUUAAAUUCAUGUUGACGAGUAUAACCACCUGCUCCUAGAUUUGCUUCUUUGUAAAUUUUUAUAAUGUUAGCUCAUUUUCCUAUAGGAUUAUUUAUCUCUGUCAAUUUUUAAGACCUCUUUAGACAUUAAAGACAUUAGGAAUUUGUCUAAUUUUUGUCUAAUUUGUCUAAUCACAAAAAAAUGAUUUUUCCAUUAAAAUACCCUAAAUUUCUGUGUAACCAGAUAUGUAUUAAUUUUUUCUAAGCUUAUGAAUUGGUUAAGAUAUUUUAAUCUUUCGAUUGUAUAUUUCUUAGGUUUUCCUUGCAAGUUGUUUAUUUGCUUUUUUCAAUAUGUAAAUAUCUGAUCUAUCUAGAAUUUAAUUUUUAAUGUCAUAUAAAAAUGAGGAUUCCUUGUUAUUUUCUUCCAUAUGGGUUUCCAGUUAUACAAGCACAAUUUGUUAAAAUAAUCCAUCUAUUCAGCAGCUGGUCACAUUGUUCUGACCAACUUGUGGUGUCCACCAACAGCAAUCACAGAUUUGAACCACCAAUCAAAAAAACAAAACAGGCUUUAACCCAGUUUAUUAUUAGCCUUGCCCUGACCAAAAAAACAAAAACACCUUCAUAGUCCUGUGACUGCCCAAGUAAGCACAGUUUCCAGGGCCUCCACACUGCUCAGGGGAGAAAAGGUCAGAAUGGAUGUGGUUUACCUAAGCAUUGGGAAACAUUAACAUUCUCAUCCAGGACAUCUUAUGGUAACCCAGUACUGCAUCUGCGUGGUGUGAUAUACACACCCAGUUGUGAAACUGAUACCCGCUUAAGCACAGGGAAGCUGCUGCCUUGGUUUCCCAAGACUUAUGAUGCCUUAGUCACAUAGACUAUUGAUGUCUACAUGCCAAUUCACAGCUUCCCCGCAACCUGCCUCAGUCCAGGUACAGGAUAUAAAUGAGAAAUCUACAAUAGUAUUUUCUUCAAGGAAACCGGUAGAAAGGUCAUCUUUCCAGACAUGGGUCAGUGGGAAAGGCCUAUUCUUAAUUCUUUACCAAUACCAUCCUUUUCUGUUCAACUGAAAUUUAGCUAUGUAAUCCUUUAACCACAUGAUCUUUUCUUCAUUCAACUGAAACUGCCUUGUACUUUCAUUUAUACCAAGACCUAUUUCUGUAUUCUCAUUUCACUAAUCUAUUUUUCUACUUCUAUAUUAAUAUAUUAGUUGAUAAGCUGAUUUAACAUUAGCCUUAUUGUAUUUUGAUAUUGCAUAAAAGACCAAGUCCUCCUUGCUGCAUAAUUUUAUUGGCUAUUCUAAGUUAAUUUUCUUUCUAUAUAAAUGAAGACUGUGUUCUUGAAAUACAAAAAUGCUUUGAUAUUCUAGUUGGAAUUGCAUCAAAUUUAUAUUAUUUAUUUUGGGAGAAAUGACAUUUCUGAUUUUAAGUCUGACCCAAAUUAUAGUGUGCCUUUGCAUUUUUCAAACUAUGAUCAUGUCUUUCAGCAUGAGGCUCCUGAACAAAGUACUUUGAAUGCCAUCCCUGCUUAACCUAUUUUUUAAAAGUCUGUUAGUUGGGUGAAUGAGAAAAAUCUUUAUUAGGAACUGUUGUACCCCUUCCCCACCCCCCCAAUUCAUACAUUGAAGCCCUGAUCUCUAGUGUGAUGGUAUUUGGAGAUGGCACUGUAAGGAAAUAAUUAGGUUUAGAUUAGGUCAUGAGGGUAGGACACUCAUGAUGGGAAAAGUACCCAUAAAAUGGAAAAGAAAGAUUAUAAGAGGUUGCUUUGCAUGUGUAUAUACCAAGGAAAGGUCAUAUGAAUGCAGCACAGAGAAAGCAGCUAUCCACAAGCCAGGAAUUGGACCUUCACCAGAAUUUUGCCAGCACUUUGAUCAUGGGAUUCCCCAGCCUCUAGAACUGUAAGAAAUAAAUGUCUGUUGUUUAAACCACCCA